GGGGUCGCGCUCCCCGCAGCGCACGCACACAGACGUGAUUAAAAUUCAAGCCUAAUGGCCUCUGGCAUAAACAACAUUCAUCAGUCCGGGACUUGCAAUGGAUCUAAAGCCGCUCGCAGCAGCUCGGCAGAGGAAUGCAAUCGGGAAAUGCACGUGAAAAUGUGCAAGAAGAUUGCCCAGCUCACUAAGGUGAUAUAUGCCCUGAACACUAAGAAUGAUGAACAUGAGGACAGUAUACAGGCUUUGAGAGAGGCUCAUGAAGAAGAAAUUCAGAAUAUUCUUGCUGAGACAAGAGAAACAAUUCUCCAGUGUAAAAGCAAAGCUGAAGAAGAACAGUUACUGAGAAAGCAUAUUCAGGCCCUUGAAAUUGCAGUAGCACACCACAAGAGAUUGAAGGAAGAAGCCUUAGCAGAGUUAAUAUUGUGUAAAAAACAAGCAGAAGAGAAGGAGUCAAGAACAGAAGAGAAACAAGCACAGACAGCAGCAGACACCACUGCAGGCUUUGAAAACAAACUUUCACAUUUAAAUCAGGAGUCUGAUGGACUGCUAAAUGACUGUAAAGCAUUUAGAGGAGAAAAUCUAGAUAAAAAAGUAAAUUUAGAUGAAAAAUGUAGUAUGAAAAGGCACACUGCAAUGAAUGAGAUUGAAAACCUGAAGAGCGAGAACCAGAAAACAAGUGAAGAAUAUAUUCAGAAAACAAGAAAACUGCAAGCCCCUUGUGAGAUGGAAAAAGAGACUUUGAAAAUAGCCAUGCAGCAAUCUGUGAUAGAAACAAACUGUCCACAAGGAGAAACAGAGCAAAAGAAGAGCUCAGAGACUGAGGAAGGUUUUUUGCUGCAGCAGGUAAAGAAGUUGGAAGCAGACCUAGAGGAGAAAAGCCAGAAGAUAAAUGAGAAGAAGAAGCAUUCCCAGAAGCUGAAGGAGCGAAUACAGGAGCUCCAGACACAGCUAGAUGAAUUUAAAAGAAAAUAUGAGUGUGAACUAAAGCAACUAGAGAAAGAGAAAGAAGUUCUUACUGGGAAACUUCAAAACUCUACACUGGAGGUGGCUCAGCUGAAGCAAAUAUUAGAACAACAAGCAAAUAAUUUCAAGGAGUCACUGAAGAAACAUAAUCUACAGUCCAACAAAGAAAAAGAGAAGCUUUUGCAGGAUCUUCAACACACCAUUAAAGAAAACCAAAAUGUUAAACUGCAGUUGGAGGCAUCACAUCAAAAAGUCUUAAAAAUGUUGGAGAAAAGCAAGAAUCAGGAACUGAAGGAGGCAGAAGAACGUUUGAAAAAAGAAUUUAAUGAGACUUUCAAGAUCCAACAUCAGUCUCAUAGGCUGGAAAUACAAACCUUGGAAGAGAAAGCAAAGAAAGAAUUACAUGAUGAACUUGAGCAGAUACAAAAGCAGCAAGCCCUCUUGCUAGGAUCUCUAAGGAUGGAACUCUCCGAGCAGCAGACAUCAUGCACAAACCUAAAGAAGCAAAUAGAAGAACUACAAAUGGAGCUGAGGAGUGUGAGAACACUGAAGAAGCAACAGGAAGGAAGUAGCCAAAGCCAGAUCAGAUCUCUUCAUGAUGAACUGGAAAAAUGUCAGAGUGAAAUUUCUGAACUCAAGAGAGAGAAUUUACUUUUGAAGGACACAAUGGAGCUGCUCAGUGCUGAGUUGGAGACACAGAAGCAAGAAGCUGCACAGCUUCAGGAUAGAGAUAAACAGCAUAGAAGGUUUGCCUUGAAUUCACACUUGGCAGUGCUGUCUAGAGAUUCAAUAAUUAUGCCAGAGCUACUGGUAGAAGACCUCAAUAUCAAGCAUAAAAAAGAACUGGACAUACUGAAAGGAGAUCACCGGAAGGAAAUUGAAACCAUAGUGUCUGAUUUCAGCAGCACUCAGGCACAACUCCAAGCAAAGAUUUUCUCCUUAGAAACUGCACUUAAAGAAUUAGAAGAAAAGUCAAAAAAGUGGGAGUCCAGGCCUGAAGACACACACCUUAUAAACUGUCUGCAAGACAAAUUAAGUGAGAGAGAAGAGAUUAUCAAGCAGCUGGUGGAAGGAAGAAAAUGUCAGCAUUCACUUUCAGCCAACACUGAAUCUUACAGGAAUCGGUCAUUUUCUUUCAACCCCAAUACAGCAUGCCUGACUCCCUCCAUGAAGCAGAAGAAAAAGGUUGAGGUGCCCAGUCGUGUUGUCAGUGUUCCGAAUUUAGCUUCCUACGCAAAGAGCUUUUUGAGCUGUGACUUGAGAUCAAAAAGAAGUGCUCCUCAAAUAACAAAAUCUACAAGCUUAGACCGGAGUUCUGGCUGCCUCAGGGUGGGCUCUCCAUCAACGCAGUCCUCAGACAGCACUGCUGCCACAAGGACACAUGGCAAUGAACAUGAACAAAUGAACAAUGAACAAACCAAAGAUGACCAAAAACAAGACCCUCAGCAUCAAGAAUGGCUUACUAAGUAUUUUUCAUUUUAAAGCAAACUACUGCCAUACUUCUCAAAAUUACUAUAAAAGUCAUUCCUGUUUCCUUUUUAGGAAUGAUAAUCCAAUAGUUGUUUUAAGGGAAGAAAAGAAAAGUAAUUUCUAAGUAAGGAAGUACCUGCAUUCUCUUUCAUCUAGUAACUAUGGAGUUACAGGCAUGAAGUUCAGGAAAAUGCUUUUUUUAAAACAACUUCUAUAAAAAAUUAAGGAAAAGUUUGGAUACAGUUAUGUGAAAAGACUUUUUAAUGAAGAGACUAUAUCACUCCACUAUUUCAUUAAAUGUGGAAUUUGGACUCUGAUAUGUUCUGUCAAUUUGGCACCAGCUGAAAGAAAAAUCUUCCUUCUGUACAUUUAUGUUUGCUUCAUCAGCUGUUUAUGUAAGUUCUGCAUAUAAUAAUGUAAUUUUAAAAGUUUUUAAUGCUUUUUGUUAAAUUAAUUUUAAGCUGCACAGCAUGUAGUACACCUUCAAAAAUAAGCUAGCAUGUUUAUAGCAGGCUGAUUCAGAAAUAAUUUCUGGUUUGCUUCAUAAACUGUUUUGUAUAUUUAUAGCUAUUUGCUCUGUAAUAUUCCCAUUGAAUUUCAAUAUAUGUAUCAGCCUGAUAAAUUAGGGUGAUAUGUAAGUAUGAACAUUAAAGCUUGUAAAUGAUCCAAUUUCUGUGUUUUUCAAAAGAAUUAUCUGUUAAUGCUGAAGUCAGACUUGCACACUGAGUUCCAGUGAUGACAACUGCACCCUGGUACCUUUUAACUCCAUACUAGUUUUAUGCCCACAUAAAAGUAAAGUGGGGGAAUGACCACAUUUAUCAGAUCAUGCUAAUUCAUUGCUGGCAGGAAAGAACCCAUGUAGAAGUUGACUCUUGGGUUAUUAACCCAUGAAGUGUAAAAGGCAGGAAAAUGUGCAACCAGCAGCCUGCUUUUAAGACAGCACAGUUCUCUUCGGUUGCUUUGAAUCCCUAUUUCAUUUCAACCAACAGGGCCCAGCUACCUAAAAAAAUGUUAUACAUGCAAAGAGAUGUACCUCCAGCCUAACCUCUGCUCACAUCCAACAGCCAGCAAGAGCUACACCAACAGAUGCAAUCAUUUCAAACAAAACAGCCACUGCAUCUCACUGGUGGUGCAAAGGUGGAAGGAAGGGCAGAACACUUCUACAUGCCAAAGCUUUCAUCCCAGUUAUCUAGUAUUUUUUCCAAGAGGAACUGUUUGGUUGGAAAAGUGAUUUGGCAAAAAGGCACUUUGUGUACCUGUAAUCAAGAAAGAGAUUAAAUAGUGUACAGAAACUCUGAUGGGUACCUUGGCACCUGUGAGGAUGGAAAUGUACAGUGCUGUUCUCAUUACUUUUCAUCCAUGCUGCCCCAAGAACACUAGAAAUUUCAAUACACAAUUAGCAAUUCUUACUUCCAGGGUUACAACAGUUAAUUAUUCAACUCUGCCCCCCUAAAUAAGUAUAUGU